AUAUGCCUUUCGGUGACGAUUUGGGUCCAGUUGAUCUCCAGUGAGAAAAUGCAAUCAAAAUCCGAUUUCCUAAACAUUCUAAGGGACUUUAAAAAUAUCUCCGACCAUUCCUUGCAGGUCGGCGAAAAAAACAUCAACAUCACUUCAAAAGGAUUUUGCAUGAACAGUUUCAAGAAGGCAAACCGCUACAAAAAUAUUAUAUUUUUGCAGAAUCAGGUUAGGCUAAAGUUGCAAUUGCAACUUUUAAAACAAAUUCAAGAUUGCAGCAACUUCAGGCAAAGAGUUCGCAGGCUGAUUGCAAAGUACAAAAAAUUAAAGUCAGAACUCAAAGAUCUCAGGGUGUCAGGCUGCUCGUUGGGCAAUCUCAAAUAAUCUUAUUUUUUGCUUUAGAUUCCCCUAAGACACCAAAUUGCAAUUAACAAGAUUUAUAUGAUUUUUUAAAUGAUGGUCCAUAGAAGGGGUCGCCGUCUAUUAUUGCCAAUUCAGUAAAUCAUUUCCUCGAAAAGACUUUUUGAAAGCAAAACACUCCCCACCAAAAUAAGUUUUCAAUUAAUUCUAUGGGAAUCAAUGACAUACCUACUUUUUUUGUAAACAAUUUUAUUUU